AUGAUUUUUACUGCCCUUACCAAAAUCUCCCUCUCUAGUUCAUCAUUCGUGUCUAAUCAAACCAACUAUUCCUUUGGAUCCAAUAAUACGAUUCAAGAACAAUCGAUGAACAAAACAUCAGGCAAUUCUGUUUUUGGAUCUGCCAAGUCUUAUAGAAGAAUUUAA